AUGUACCAUACCGAAGAUAGCCCAUCAGUAGACUAUUAUGAUUGUGUCUAUUAUAUUAGUGAACAGUCACCAGUUAAAUAUUGUCGACGAUUAUCAAUCGGUAUUCGUUUGAAUCGAGACAAAGCGCACCAAGGAAAUUGUUUCAAUAAUGGUCGUCAAAUAACAUUUGAAGAAUUGGGUAAAAUGAAAGUUAAACCAAAUGAUUUACUUGCGUACAGUGUAAGUAUCGAACAGACUGACAAAUAUGCUGCUUAUCUAGCAACGGCAGUAAGUACAUCAGAUAAAAAUAACAUCACACUCUGUAUAUGUACCGAACAAAAUACUUUUGGUAAAUUUUGUGAAUAUCAAGGCUAUUUCUCUAAAUUUUCCGAGGAGAUAAGGACAAAAUCGUUGAUGAAGGCAACCAAUUGGCAUAAAUAUCAUGGUUAUGGAAAAAUGCAAUGUUAUGAAACAGUUCAAUGUGAUUCAGGUUUACGGUGUUUGGAUUGGCGAGAUAUUUGUGAUGGUAAGCAACAGUGCAUGUUUGGUGUUGACGAAGAUAAUUGUGAUUUACUUGAAUUCAAUGAAUGUGAACCAGAUGAAUAUCGUUGCAGCAAUGGAAUGUGCAUUCCACAGGAAUACUUUGUCGAUGGUGAGUAUUUUGAUUGUGAAACAAACAACUAUCUUUUGAUCGUUAUUUGGUCUUUAUAUUUAGGAGCAUUUGAUUGCAUGGACUUGACUGAUGAAACCAUCAGAAAAAGUGUGAGUUUAGAAAAAGUUGACCAGACUCGAUUUCAGUGUUAUUUUGAUGCAUUACAUUUUAUUUGCGAUGAAAGCUUGUGCGCUUGGGAUAGGGCAUCAUGUGGUGAUGGACAAUGUUCAUUGUCAAUAAAUAUAUUCUAUGACGAUCCAAUAGUGUUUAGGAGUGUUACAUGCGCCAACUUAAACGAAUAUAUUUACAAAUGUGAAACAUAUCCUCAUAUGUCUAUGUGGACAAAGCCAGAUGGUAUGUGUGAAAUAAAGGAAAUAUAUGAAGCAGAGUUCAUUAAUCGUACAAAUAAAACAGAGUACUGCCAGUAUUUGGUUAAAUGUGCUUUAUCGAAGGGUUUCGAACGAUACUGCCCUUGUUCAUACAACUGUUCUGAACUAAUUCAGCAACACUGUC